ACUAUUGUUUCCAUCCACCUUUUACCGUACUUAGCGCAGUGCUUUUCUUAACGAAAUUUGAAAGUUUACGCAGCGCAGUGAACGGUGUCCCCUGUUAAGUUAUAGCGUUAAAUUAACGACGAUGGGUCGACUCGUGCAAGUAAAUUUGAUACUGCACAUCAGUUUAAUACUCUUAUGCGGCUUGCUAUCGCAGGCCGAUAGCAGAUACAAUACGCCUAAGGAUGUACGCAUUUUUAACUCGAGCGUCGAAAUCAGCUCUUUAACCAGUCCGAUACACCAGACAAGAGUUGGGUCGCGAGAAAUUGCUGCAAUCGGGACCGGCGUAUCAGAUGGAAACGACACGGCGUCUCAGUGUACCCUGGCUAUGUUUGGCGGGGACGAGGCGGCCUACUGGGCCUGCAGGACAGAAUACGCCUUUCAACAGAACUGGUGGCCAUCUCCCAUCGCGGGUUUGUUCAGCUACCAGGUAUGGAACGGCUUCGACGGAUUUUGGCAAAAUGGAGCGGUUCUGGAGGUUCUGACUAAUUUCAUGGUGUACGGUAACAACACUCGCUACAUCUCAGUGGUCCGCAGUUCCCUUAGGUACCUGUAUAGUCUACUGGAGGCCUACGCCCCACAGCCUUCCUAUGACGAUAUGGCUUGGUAUGGGCUGAGCUUUGCAAGAAUUUCCGAGGUCCUUGGAGACUCGACUUUCCUGUCGUCUGCUCAGCAGAUCUACGAUUGGAACUGGAAAAACGGCUGGGAUACAAAUAUGAACAACUGUCAUGGAGGCAUGUGGUUCGACCAACAGGUCAACGCCAAGCAGACGAUUACCAAUGUCCAGAUGAUGCAGCUGGGAGCCCGACUUUACCGCCUGACGUCAUCUAAAAGCAGACGACAAGAGUUGAUGUCACAACUGAACCUCACCAUCAAUUUUUUGGUGAACAACCACGUGAUCGACCCGGACACAUUUCAGGUGGCAGACGGCAUAUAUUUGAACAACUGCUCGUCGAACAGAGUUUAUGGAAGAACUUACAACAGUGGUGUUUUUAUCGGUAGCUUGGUCGAACUUUACAAAGCAACAAAUCAGACCAAUUUUCUGAACACUGCUCACAAGAUUGCCAAUGCAACAAUGACCUUGUCGUCCCGACACGGCGUUUUGAUGGAAUAUUGCGACGCGGGGAACGAAACAUGUAACGACGACGCAAAAAUGUUCAAAGGGAUAUUUGCGCGCAAUCUACGUUAUCUCGCAGACGUCUCUGAUCAGGCUCACGCUAAACUUUACAGGGAUUACUUAGCAAUGAACAUGCGUUCUCUAUUGUCCAGUUCGAUAUGUGAGCCAACACUGAAGAAACCGUGUAACAUAUCGUACCGAGACGGCCGGCCCUACCAUAAUUCCACCGGGCCUGUGUUUGGUACACGUUGGUUUGGGCCCUUCAAUUUCACUUCCCCCAUGCAGGACACGUCAGCGUUGGAGUUGUUAGUCGCCAAUAUCGCCCAGGACACCCGAUGCCAUGGCGACGGAUGCACCUACGACCCUCCAACCCCUCCUCCCCGUCCGUUAACUUGUCAAGAUCACCCCUGUCCCUCGGACGAGGCGUGCUGCGCUUACAGCGACUACUACACUUGCUGUACACCAGAUCAGAAGUGUGUUAACGGCGUCUGUGAAUAAUGUCUCUUCCAACUGUUGGCUGAAACAUGAAGUUGUUGC